CUUUUCUCUUCUCUAUUUACAUAUCCAUAUACCCUUAAUAAAUCAUUCAACUUUAUUCAGAAAUGAAUCACUUGUUUGAGCUUCUGUGCUGCCCAUCAGGGUCUUCUUUAACAGAGGCUGAAAUAAAGAAGGCCAAUUAUCAAGAACUGAUAGAAAAAACAAUGGCUUCUUCAAACGUCUUGAUGAAAGAUCAAAACCUCAAAGAUCAGGCAUCGGCUCGUCUAAAGACUGUUCUCACAAGCAAAUCUCACAGCCCCACUAACACAAUAAAGACAGUUCAACAAAUGUUCGAGGCUGCGUUAAAAGGGAAAUCUGGCCGAGAGCGCCACCUAAUCGAGUGGCUGCAGAUUUGCGUUUCAUCUGCCAUACACAUGGCGUUUCUUAUUGAUGAGCCAGAGAAACAACAGCCUUCGAGUGAUCGGUCGAUUCCUACUCCACAAAAAAAGCCUAGUGGGACAAAAGAAAAGAAAAAGGCUCCAAGAGCAACCCGAAAGAAGCGAAAUAGUGACGAUGAUGCAUUUGUGGUACCUGAUACUGAGGAUGACGAUCCUCCGUACCGUGGAUCUGUUUCUUCGGACGAUGAGUAUCUUCCGAGUGAUGAUUUUCCAGAGGGAACCGGGCUAAUCAAACAAAAAGGACGUCCUAAACGCGGGUCUAACACCUCAGCCAAAAAGACAGCAGAGGACCUUAAAAAUGAUGAUGACCAGCAAGUACCCGAUGUGAAGCCCGUUCCGGCCAAGAAAGCAGGACGAAAGAAACGUUCAGAUAUAAAUGAUCAAGUUGUACCAACUGAUGGAGUUAUGGUCCCAGCUAUUGAGUCUGGAGCUGGAGCUGGAGAAGUCACUCGAUACUUUACUUCGCUUACUCAGUCAGCUGGUUCCAAUGUGUUAUCAAAGGGAUACUUUGCAAAGGCUUAUUUCUUCCCGUCCAAAGAGAGUUUUAAUGCCUUUAUUUCUGUUAUCAAUUCGGCUAGAGAUUGCAUUGAUAUUUGCGUAUUUUCAUUGACAGAUGAUGAUGUGGCUGACGCUCUAAUUGCAGCAAAGAAGCGCAAGGUAAAUAUCCGAAUUAUCACCGACAACCAACAGGCGGCUGGAAAGGGUGCAGAUGCAGAAAGACUCCAGCGCGACCAUGGUAUACCAUACAAGACCGACAAUACAACUGGCUAUAUGCACAAUAAGUUUGCUAUUGUUGACCAUUCAACGCUCAUAAAUGGCAGCUUUAACUGGUCUAAAGGUGCCCGGUUUAAGAACAGAGAAAACAUCAUGAUAACCAAUAUUCCUUACUGUAUACAAGAGUUCCAACGCCAAUUUGAAUCUCUUUGGGAGGAAUUCUAAAAAAAAAAUUAUAAUUUUUAUGCAAAAAUAAUUUUAUUUUUAAUUGUUACUUAUUUGUAUUAUAUAAGGUCUACAGAGCUUCUUUAAUGCCAAAGAAAAUUGUUUAUAGUUAGUGAUAAAAUAAUAAUACAGUACUACUUGGUGACGUUUUUUAUGUCUCCGGUAAAAUAUCUUAAACCUGUAAGAAAAUGC